CGUCUCCGGGGCGGGAGUCAGCUGAGCAGCCUGGGCGAGGUUGGAAACACCUGGGCUAGGCUGUAGGGAGCCCAUGAGCUCUUGGGGGCGGGAGUGGGUGCAAGACUGCACCCGACUCACUGAGGAGGACUCCUUGGGCUCCUUGGGCUUCUCGCUCUAUAAGGCGGGAGCGAGAUCCUCAGGAUUAUAAAGAGGAGGAGUCGGCGGCGGAUUGCCGGGACCUGUCAGAUCUCUGUCUAGGCUGGGGAGUCGCAGGUUCCAGUGGGGACAACAGGGAUCCUUGGGGGAAACCCUGUUGUAAUCUCUGGGCUUGGGACGAAGAGUCCGUAAGCCAGGCACCAUGGCGUCCAUCCUGGAUGAAUAUGAGGACUCCUUGUCUCGCUCGGCCGUCUUGCAGCCCGGCUGCCCCAGCGUGGGCAUCCCCCAUUCGGGGUAUGUGAAUGCCCAGCUAGAAAAGGAAGCACCCAUUUUCACAAAGCAGCGCAUUGACUUUACCCCCUCCGAGCGUAUCACCAGCCUUGUCGUCUCCUGCAAUCAGCUCUGCAUGAGCCUGGGCAAGGAUACACUGCUCCGCAUUGACUUGGGCAAAGCAAAUGAACCCAAUCACGUGGAGCUGGGGCGCAAGGACGAUGCCAAAGUUCACAAGAUGUUCCUGGACCAUACAGGCUCUCACCUGCUAAUUGCUCUGAGCAGCACUGAGGUCCUCUAUGUGAACCGUAAUGGACAGAAGGUACGGCCUCUGGCACGCUGGAAGGGGCAGCUGGUGGAGAGCGUGGGCUGGAACAAGGCACUGGGCUCUGAGAGCAGCACAGGCCCUAUCCUCGUGGGCACUGCCCAAGGCCAGAUCUUUGAAGCAGAGCUCUCAGCCAGCGAGGGUGGGCUUUUCGGCCCUGCCCCAGAUCUCUACUUCCGCCCCUUGUAUGUUCUAAAUGAAGAAGGGGGUCCAGCACCCGUGUGUUCCCUUGAAGCAGAGCGGGGCCCUGAUGGGCGAAUCUUUGUUAUUGCCACCACUCGGCAGCGCCUUUUCCAGUUCAUAGGCCGAACAGCAGAGGGAGCUGAGACACAGGGCUUCUUGGGGCUUUUUGCUGCCUACACUGACCACCCACCCCCAUUCCGCGAGUUCCCCAGCAGUCUGGGCUACAGUGAGUUGGCCUUUUAUACUCCUAAAUUGCGUUCUGCGCCGAGGGCCUUCGCCUGGAUGAUGGGGGACGGCGUGUUGUACGGAGCACUGGACAACGGGCGUCCCGACUCCCUGCUGAGUGAGGAACGAGUCUGGGAGUACCCAGACGGGGUAGGUCCUGGGGCCAGCCCACCCCUGGCCAUUGUCCUGACCCAGUUCCACUUCCUGCUGCUGCUGGCGGACCGGGUGGAGGCGGUGUGCACGCUGACGGGGCAGGUGGUGCUCAGGGAUCACUUCCUGGAGAAGUUCGGGCCGCUGAAGCACAUGGUGAAGGACUCCUCCACGGGCCACCUGUGGGCCUACACCGAGCGGGCUGUCUUCCGCUACCACGUGCAGCGGGAGGCGCGGGAUGUCUGGCGCACCUACCUGGACAUGAACCGCUUUGACCUGGCCAAAGAGUAUUGCCGAGAGCGACCCGACUGCCUGGACACCGUCCUGGCUCGGGAGGCCGAUUUCUGCUUUCAUCAGCGUCGUUACCUGGAGAGUGCCCGCUGCUAUGCCCUGACCCAGAGCUACUUUGAGGAAAUUGCCCUCAAGUUCUUGGAGGCGCGACAGGAAGAGGCUCUUGUUGAGUUCUUGCAACGAAAACUGGCCAGUUUGAAGCCAGCUGAGCGUACCCAGGCCACGCUGCUGACCACCUGGCUCACAGAGCUCUACCUGAGCCGGCUCGGGGCCCUGCAGGGUGACCCAGACGCCCUAAACCUCUACCGGGAAACACGGGAGCACUUCCGCGCCUUCCUCAGCAGCCCCCGCCACAGGGAGUGGCUCUUCGCCAGCAGGUCCUCCAUCCACGAGCUGCUCGCCAGCCAUGGGGACACGGAACACAUGGUGUACUUUGCUGUGAUCAUGCAGGACUAUGAGCGGGUGGUGGCAUACCACUGCCAGCAUGAGGCCUACGAGGAGGCCCUGGCCGUGCUUGCCCGCCACCGGGACCCCCAGCUCUUCUACAAGUUCUCGCCCACCCUCAUCCGUCACAUUCCUCGCCAGCUGGUGGAUGCCUGGAUUGAGAUGGGGAGCCGGCUCGAUGCCCGGAAGCUCAUCCCUGCCCUGGUGAGCUAUAGCCAGGGCGGCGAGGCCCAGCAGGUGAGCCAGGCCAUCCGCUACAUGGAGUUCUGCGUGAACGUGCUGGGUGAGACUGAGCAGGCCAUUCACAAUUACCUGCUGUCACUGUAUGCCCGAGGCCAGCCAGCCUCGCUGCUGGCCUACCUUGAGCAGGCUGGGACCAGCCCGCACCGUGUGCACUACGAUCUCAAGUACGCGCUGCGGCUCUGCGCUGAGCACGGCCACCACUGUGCUUGUGUCCACGUCUACAAGGUCCUGGAGCUGUAUGAGGAGGCUGUGGACCUGGCCCUGCAGGUGGAUGUGGACCUGGCCAAGCAGUGUGCUGAUUUGCCCGAGGAAGAUGAGGAACUUCGAAAGAAGCUGUGGCUGAAGAUUGCGCGGCACGUGGUGCAGGAGGAGGAGGACGUGCAGACAGCUAUGGCCUGCCUGGCCAGCUGCCCCCUGCUCAAGAUUGAGGACGUGCUGCCCUUCUUUCCUGACUUUGUCACCAUCGACCACUUUAAGGAGGCGAUCUGCAGCUCGCUGAAAGCCUACAACCACCACAUCCAGGAGCUCCAGCGGGAGAUGGAAGAGGCUACCGCCAGUGCCCAGCGCAUCCGGCGAGACCUGCAGGAGCUGCGGGGUCGCUACGGCACCGUGGAGCCCCAGGACAAAUGUGCCACCUGCGACUUCCCCCUUCUCAACCGCCCUUUUUACCUCUUCCUCUGUGGCCACAUGUUCCAUGCUGACUGCUUGCUGCAGGCUGUGCGGCCUGGCCUACCGGCCUACAAGCAGGCCCGGCUGGAGGAGCUGCAGCGCAAGCUGGGGGCUGCUCCACCCCUGACCAAGGGCUCUGCCCGGGCGAAGGAGGCCGAGGGUGGGGCUGCUGCUAUGGGCCCCAGCCGGGAACAGCUCAAGGCUGACCUAGAUGAGCUGGUGGCGGCUGAGUGUGUGUACUGUGGGGAGCUGAUGAUUCGCUCUAUCGACCGGCCCUUCAUCGACCCCCAGCACUACGAGGAGGAGCAUCUCAGUUGGCUGUAGGAGGGGGCUGCCCUGAUGGGGUCAAGGGCAGCUGCCAGCCCAGUCUUGGGAAGGCCGCUUGGCAGCGUGUACUUAGUCAUCUGGAGACCGCUGGACUGGGCUGCGGCUGUGGGGGGCCUGGAGGGCCAGCCCUCUCCUGCGGGGCUAGGCUCUGAGUGCACCUACCCACUGCUCUUGAGCCCUGCUUCAGAGCUGCCUUAGAGCCCUGCUGUUACUCCAGGCCGUGGGCCUGCCCCCCAACAGAGGGCGUAGGCUGGAGAGGUCACAGUUCUGUCACCUUCCAUCCCCUCAGCAUCUAGCAGUUUGCUGUUUUCCUUUUUGCUCUCUGCACACAUCUUGUUCGCCUCGAGCGAGAGCACCAUUCUUCCUUUUCACUCCGUGCCUCUUCUCCCUCAGAGGAAGCCCACUCUUCUCUCUGCUUCCAGGUCUCAGAAGUGAAAAGAGCCCCUCCAAAUCCUGGGCAUGGGGCCUGGGAAAGGCGGUGCCUAUGGGUGUGCUCUUGUGCACACUGGGGUUCCUCGGUGAGGGGUGCCCUGGCAGAGGGCCCCAUGGAAACAGUGGGAGCUGGUAGUGGGUUGGAGAGGAUUAAACUGUCUGCAUUUGA